AUGUUGCCAAUAAAGUUAAUUACGUUAUUAAUAAUCGGCUUUGCAACAAAUUAUAUAAAUUCUCAGGAACUUUAUGGUACUGAAACCUCUUGCGCACAAACACGAGUUUUAGUGAAUAGACCACGAAGUUCAUACCUAUCAUAUCCACCACGUCAAAGAUGUCAAACUAACUCAUUGCAAGUAACUCAAGCCUCAAGCCAGCCUGUAGAUCGAGGUUUUGCACUACGUAAAUUAAGGGAAUUUGUACAACGUCGAGAAUGUCGUAAUUCAGCAGUAAUUCAACAAUCACCUCCACGAGUAUGUCAACGGCCUACACGUCGGCUGUGUCUUCCACAACGCAUAUCAGAAGGAUAUGAACAGCCGUUCAUGGGUCGACGAAGUCGAGAAUGUCGAAGAAAUGUAGAAAUUCAGCAGAUCCAACAGCAACCUACCCCGGAAUCACAAACAAGUCAAUUGCAAUCAAUUCGAUUGAGAGUUAGACGAUUAGAACAGUCGACUCCAGAUAGACGGAUGUUGGCAAUUUCUCAACAAUCUCAACAAUGUCAAAGAAAUACAGAAUUCCAGCAGCCGUUAUCACCACAAUCACAAGGAGAACAGGUUCAUUCUAUGAUGCAAACAAGACAAUUACAAGCAACUCAACUGAGAAUAAGACGGGAACUGCCUGCACCCCGACUAGGGCUUGCUCAAUCAAGGGUAAUAAGACAAUUAGAACAUUCGAGUUCAAUCAGGCGGAUAUCGCCAAUUUCUCAACAACCUCAACAAUGUCAAAGAAAUACAGAAUUCCAGCAGCCGUUAUCACCACAAUCACAAGGAGAACAGGUUCAUUCUAUGAUGCAAACACGACAAUUACAAGCAACUCAACUGAGAAUAAGACGGAGACUGCCUGCACCUCGACUAGGGCUUCCUGAAUCAAGUGAAAUAAGACAACUAGAACAGUCGAGUUCAAUCAGGCGGAUUUCGCCAAUUUCUCAACAACCUCAACAAUGUCAAAGAAAUACAGAAUUCCAGCAGCCGUUAUCACCACAAUCACAAGGAGAACAGGUUCAUUCUAUGAUGCAAACACGACAAUUACAAGCAACUCAAGUGAGAAUAAGACGGAGACUGCCUGCACCUCGACUAGGGCUUCCUGAAUCAAGUGAAAUAAGACAAUUAGAACAGUCGAGUUCAAUCAGGCGGAUUUCGCCAAUUUCUCAACAACCUCAACUAUGUCAAAGAAAUGCAGAACUCCAGCAACCCAUACCGCUAUCACAUAGAGUCCACAUUAAUUCACUCACACAAACAAGACAAUUUCAAGCAAGUAAAGUCAGAAUAAGACGGGAACUGCCUGCACCCCGACUAGGGCUUGCUCAAUCAAGGGUAAUAAGACAAUUAGAACAUUCGAGUUCAAUCAGGCGGAUAUCGCCAAUUUCUCAACAACCUCAACAAUGUCAAAGAAAUACAGAAUUCCAGCAGCCGUUAUCACCACAAUCACAAGGAGAACAGGUUCAUUCUAUGAUGCAAACACGACAAUUACAAGCAACUCAAGUGAGAAUAAGACAGAGACUGCCUGCACCUCGACUAGGGCUUCCUGAAUCAAGUGAAAUAAGACAAUUAGAACAGUCGAGUUCAAUCAGGCGGAUAUCGCCAAUUUCUCAACAACCUCAACUAUGUCAAAGAAAUGCAGAACUCCAGCAACCCAUACCGCUAUCACAUAGAGUCCACAUUAAUUCACUCACACAAACAAGACAAUUUCAAGCAACUAAAGUCAGAAUAAGACGGGAACUGCCUGCACCCCGACUAGGGCUUGCUCAAUCAAGGGUAAUAAGACAAGUUGAACAGUCGAGUUUAAUCCGGCGGAUUUCGCCAAUUUCUCAACAAUCUCAACAAUGUCAAAGAAAUACAGAACUCCAGCAACCCAUACCGCUAUCACAAGGAGAACAAGUUCAUUCUGUGAUGCAAACACGACAAUUGCAAGCAACUCAAGUGAGAAUAAGACGGAGACUGCAUGCAGCUCGACUUGGGCUUCCUGAAUCAAGGGAAAUAAGACAAUUAGAACAGUCGAGUUCAAUCAGGCGGAUUUCGCCAGUUUCUCAACAAUCCCAACAAUGUCAAAGGGAUGCUGUACUUCAACAGCCCAUACCGCUGUCACAUAGAGUCCAUGUUAAUUCAUUCGCACAAACAAGACAAUUACAAGCAACUCAGCUAAGAAUAAGACAGGGACUGCCUGCAGAACCAACUCAAUUAAGAAUAAGACAGAGACUGCUACCUGCACCUCGACUAGGGCUUGCUCAAUCAAGGGUAAUAAGACAAGUUGAACAGUCAAGUUCAAUCAGGCGGAUUUCGCCAAUUUCUCAACAACCUCAACAAUGUCAAAGAAAUACAGAACUCCAGCAGCCGUUAUCACCACAAUCACAAGGAGAACAGGUUCAUUCUAUGAUGCAAACAAGACAAUUACAAGCAACUCAACUGCGAAUAAGACCGAGACUGCCUGCACCUCGACUAGGGCUUCCUGAAUCAAGGGUAAUAAGACAAGUAGAACAGUCGAAUUCAAUCAGGCGGAUUUCGCCAAUUUCUCAACAACCUCAACAAUGUCAAAGAAAUACAGAAUUCCGGCAGCCCAUAUCGCAAUCACAUAGAGUCCACAUUAAUUCAUUGACACAAGCAAGACAAUUACAAGCAAUUAAAGUGAGAAUAAGACGGAGACUGCCUGCACCUCGACUAGGGCUGGCUCAAUCAAGUGAAAUAAGACAAUUAGAACAGUCGAGUUCAAUCAGGCGAAUUUCGCCAAUUUCUCAACAACCUCAACAAUGUCAAAGAAAUACAGAAUUCCAGCAGCCGUUAUCACCACAAUCACAACGAGAACAGGUUCAUUCUAUGAUGCAAACACGACAAUUACAAGCAACUCAACUGAGAAUAAGACGGAGACUGCCUGCACCUCGACUGGGGCUGGCUCAAUCAAGGGAAAUAAGACAAUCAGAACAUUCGAGUUCAAUCAGGCGGAUUUCGCCAAUUUCUCAACAACCUCAACAAUGUCAAAGAAAUACAGUACCCCAGCAGCCGUUAUCACCACUAUCACAAAGAGUCCAAAUUAAUUCAUUGACACAAGCAGGACAAUUACAAGCAACUCAACUGAGAAUAAGACGGGGAUUACCUGCACCUCAACUAGGGCUUCCUGAAUCAAGGGUAAUAAGACAAGUAGAACAGUCGAGUUCAAUCAGGCGGAUUUCGCCAAUUUCUCAACAACCUCAACAAUGUCAAAGAAAUACAGAAUUCCAGCAGCCCAUAUCGCAAUCACAUAGAGUCCACAUUAAUUCAUUGACACAAGCAAGACAAUUACAAGCAAUUAAAGUGAGAAUAAGACGGAGACUGCCUGCACCUCGACUAGGGCUUCCUGAAUCAAGGGAUAUAAGACAAUUAGAACAGUCGAGUUCAAUCAGGCGGAUUUCGCCAAUUUCUCAACAACCUCAACAAUGUCAAAGAAAUACAGAACUCCAGCAGCCGUUAUCACCACAACCACAUGGAGAACAGGUUCAUUCUAUGAUGCAAAGAAGACAAUUAAAAGUAACUCAACUAAGAAUAAGACGCAGAUUGCCUGCACCUCGACUAGGGCUGGCUCAAUCAAGUGAAAUAAGACAAUUAGAACAUUCGAGUUCAAUCAGGCGGAUUUCGCCAAUUUCUCAACAACCUCAACAAUGUCAAAGAAAUACAGAACUCCAGCAACCCAUACCGCUAUCACAUAGACACCACAUUAAUUCACUCACACAAACAAGACAAUUUCAAGCAACUAAAGUGAGAAUAAGACGGGAAUUGCCUGCACCUCAAUUAGGGCUUCCUGAAUCAAGUCAAAUAAGACAAUUAGAACAGUCGAGUUCAAUCAGGCGGAUUUCGCCAAUUUCUCAACAACCUCAACAAUGUCAAAGAAAUAAAGUACCUCAGCAGCCCAUACCGCUAUCACAAGGAGAACAAGUUCAUUCUAUGAUGCAAACAAGACAAUUGCAAGCAACUCAACUGAGAAUAAGACGGAGACUGCCUGCACCUCGACUGGGGCUGGCUCAAUCAAGGGAAAUAAGACAAUUAGAACAUUCGAGUUCAAUCAGGCGGAUUUCGCCAAUUUCUCAACAACCUCAACAAUGUCAAAGAAAUACAGAAUUCCAGCAGCCCAUAUCGCAAUCACAUAGAGUCCACAUUAAUUCAUUGACACAAGCAAGACAAUUACAAGCAAUUAAAGUGAGAAUAAGACGGAGACUGCCUGCACCUCGACUAGGGCUUCCUGAAUCUAGUGAAGUAAGACAAUUAGAACAGUCGAGUUCAAUCAGGCGGAUUUCGCCAAUUUCUCAACAACCUCAACAAUGUCAAAGAAAUACAGUACUCCAGCAACCCAUACCGCUAUCACAUAGACACCACAUUAAUUCACUCACACAAACAAGACAAUUUCAAGCAACUAAAGUGAGAAUAAGACGGGAAUUGCCUGCACCUCAACUAGGGCUUCCUGAAUCAAGUCAAAUAAGACAAGUAGAACAGUCGAGUUCAAUCAGGCGGAUUUCGCAAAUUUCUCAACAACCUCAACAAUGUCAAAGAAAUACAGAACUCCAGCAACCCAUACCGCUAUCGCAAGGAGAACAAGUUCAUUCUAUGAUGCAAACAGGACAAUUGCAAGCAACUCAACUGAGAAUAAGACAGAGACUGCCUGCACCUCGACUAGGGCUUCCUGAAUCAAGUGAAAUAAGACAAUUAGAACAGUCGAGUUCAAUCAGGCGGAUUUCGCCAAUUUCUCAACAACCUCAACUAUGUCCAAGAAAUACAGAACUCCAGCAGCCCAUAUCGCAUUCACAUAGAGUCCAAAUUAAUUCAUUGACACAAAUAAGACAGGGGCUUACAAGACCUCUACCAUCAGAUGUUCUUAGUCCAGAAGAAAGUAAUGUAAUUUGCUCUUCUGGAGAUCGAAGCCACGGUGGUUGUAGUAGUUUUGUUCCCAUUGUAAGAGCAGAUGAAGAUGAUGAACAUCAAAAUUUAGGAUUGCGUGAAAAUCAUGUGCAAAUAAGGCAGGGAGAAAUGGGCGAUUGUCCGCAGCAAUUACCGCCGUUACAAUCAUGCCAAUACUGA